AUGUCCCAACGCAGGCGCUAUACAUCUCGUACCGACGAAGAGAUUCGCAAAGAGAUGGACCCCGGACACGUUCCAUAUCGUAUGGGCUGGCCGAUACUUGCACCUCUGCCGAUGGACACCGACAUAGAUGCGAGAUGGAUGAUACCAGGCUCAUAUCAGAUACUGCAUGAUGUUCAGGAUAUUCUGAUAGCACAUGGCUUGCUACGUGGGACUACCGCGUUCCACUUUGCGUUCCGAGUUCCUCGGGAUGCUACUGAGGAGAACGACAAUAUUGCGCAUUUGACGCUCUUCAUACGGGUCGACAUGUUGAAGCACGCUCAUCAGGACAUUGAAGAUGCUAUCAUCAAGAUCAGAGCUAGCUUUCGCGAUGAUUCUUGGACGGAGGAUGUCCAAAUUGAGUGCAUAGACUAUCGAGCAAGGCAUUCCUCCGGCAUGAUGUCUUUCCCCGUCCGCCAUGAUGAGUAUGACAUACACCAGCAAUGGAAAGCCAUAUCUCCAGAUGUUAUGUUUCUGCUGAGCAAGCAUGAAUGGCUUUCGGUGGAAAUUCUUCGUCGAGGAUUGAUCGACGAUCGCAAGGAGUGUUCACCAACAAUUGUUAUCACCACACCGACUGCGCGCGAUCCAAAAUGGUUUAAUAUUGUGGUCCCUUCGAUGAUGGCUGAGAUUGCCAAGAGAGCUCCCGAAUUCGGCAUCGAAAUACUGUGUGGGAAGACGAUGCUGGGAGCGAAGAGGCGAAAUAGCUUGACCGACAGCGUCAACGACUCAUCCUACGCCAAAAUAGUCGACAUAGGAUCCUCUCUUGGAAUUUCGGGUGAUGAAACAGGUUGCAGUACUUUGGGUGGAUCUGUGACCCUGGCCGGCGGCAUUCGAUGCGGAAUAACGAGCUGGCACGGCGUCCGCGAUGCACGACUUGACAACGGUAAUAACUCAUUAUCAACUAAUAAGAUACAAACUGACCCUUACGUAUUCGUCUCUAACACGACUAACACGACCAACAAGGCUCUAGGUGUCGACAACAAGACCCUGGCCAACACGCCUCAAACCAUGGCAUCGCCAGCGACGCUCGACCAUCACGGCUACCUCAAAAUGCUGCAAGAACAUAUCACACUUUACCGUACUUACGCUGCUGAUGGAGAUGUGGAAUGCAAGAUGCUGCACAAAAAGAAGGAUGAAGAGUACAAGAAAUGCGAAAGCUUCGACCGGAGUAUUGGCUACGUCUAUGCUGGCUCAGGCCGUCGAACUGUUGAGGCCAACAAGUACGCAUCUGAUCCGGACACCGGCCGAUCCAAAGACAAGAAGGAGGCGACGCAACCCACGCUCGUCUUCCCACUUGACUGGGCCUUGAUACGUAUGGACGAUACGACAAAACGCGACGUUAGAAACAGGCUGCCCGAUGUUUACUCUACCAAGACGAAACUUGUCCCAACGCAGCAGUGCAGGCAAUGGUCCACCUUCAAUGUCCACAAAGAAGAAGUGCAUGUCGCCAAGUACGGGCGCACGAGUGGCUGGACGGCUGGCACCGUCAACACUUGCAUGAUCAUCAUCAACCCUGAUGCAGACGAUGAUAUCUCGGGUGCCUAUGGUAUAGAUGCGAAGAAUGUGGCUGCAUGCUUCGGCGUGGUUAGUAAUGACGAGAGGAAUGACUUCUGCGAGUUUGGUGACCAUGGCAGUAUAGUAUUGCACGAAGGAUCAGGCACGCAGCUUGGACUACUCGUCGGAGUGACUAGUACUGGACAAGGAAUGUUUCUUCCUAUGGACGUCGUCUUUGAGGAUAUCAAGAGGGUUACUGGUAAAGACGUUGUCAUACCGUCUUUUGUUGGUAAGUUAAUGUUCAUUCCUGACAAACCAAGAUUACGCUAA